AUGCAUAUAGAUAGAUAUAGAGAGAGGGGCAAGAACGAAGGCGAGAGAGAGCAUAGUCUGGGAUCUGUUCUGUCUCGUCUGACGAUGGCGUCGGUGCGCCAACCUGCUCUCGGACUACAUCUAUGGAUCCUCGUUUCUCUCCUCUUCUUCAUCCACGCUCACUCCUUCUACCUCCCCGGCGUCGCUCCCCAAGAUUUCCGGAAGGCAAACCUUUUGAAGGUGAAAGUGAACAAACUGACAUCGACAAAGACACAGCUUCCAUACUCUUACUACUCACUUCCGUUCUGCAAGCCGAAGAAAAUAGUUGACAGUGCAGAAAAUUUGGGUGAAGUUCUUCGUGGUGAUCGUAUUGAAAACUCUCCAUAUGAGUUUAAAAUGCGAGAACCUCAAAUGUGCAAUAUUGUAUGUCAUGUAGUACUUGAUACAAAAACGGCAAAGGAAUUCAAAGAAAAGAUAGAUGAUGAUUAUUGGGUGAAUAUGAUAUUAGAUAAUCUUCCGCUGGUUGUUCCCGUACAAAGAUCAAAUCAGGAAUCUCCUAUUGUAUAUGGACAUGGUUUUCGUGUUGGCCUUAAAGGACGCUAUACCGGAAGCAAGGAUGAGAAAUACUUUAUCAAUAACCACUUGGCAUUCACUGUUAAGUUUCACAAGGACCCAGAAACAGAAACUGCAAGGAUUGUAGGGUUUGAAGUGAAACCAUUCAGUAUUAAGCAUGCUUAUGAAGGGGAAUGGAAGGAUCAGAAGACCCGUUUGACAACCUGUGAUCCCCAUGCAAAAAAGGCUGUUACUGACUCAGAAUCUCCUCAGGAGGUUGAAGACAAGAAGGAAAUUAUAUUCACAUAUGAUGUCGAUUAUCAAGAAAGUGAUGUCAAGUGGGCAUCUCGAUGGGAUACAUAUCUUCUGAUGGGUGAUGAUCAAAUUCACUGGUUCUCAAUUGUCAAUUCCUUGAUGAUUGUCCUUUUCCUUUCUGGUAUGGUAGCUAUGAUCAUGCUGCGGACACUGUACCGUGAUAUCUCAAAGUAUAACCAAUUGGAGACCCAAGAAGAAGCCCAGGAAGAGACGGGAUGGAAAUUGGUUCACGGGGAUGUUUUCAGACCACCUAUAAACUCGGAUCUCCUGUGUGUUUAUGUUGGGACAGGCGUUCAGUUCUUUGGGAUGAUACUUGUUACUAUGAUAUUUGCUGCCUUUGGGUUUCUCUCCCCGUCAAACAGAGGCGGGUUGAUGACAGCCAUGCUUGUGCUGUGGGUCUUCAUGAGCCUUUUUGCUGGAUACUCCUCUGCACGCCUCUACAAGAUGUUUAAAGGAACAGAAUGGAAGAAAAUCACCAUCAGAACAGCAUUAAUAUUCCCUGGAACUGUCUUUGCUCUUUUCUUUGUCCUGAAUGCUCUAAUUUGGGGAGAGAAAUCUUCAGGGGCAGUGCCAUUCGGAACCAUGUUUGCUCUGGUAGUUUUGUGGUUUGGCAUCUCCGUUCCACUUGUUUUUGUGGGCGCUUAUGUUGGCUUUAAGAAACCGGCACUGGAGGCUCCCGUUAGAACUAACAAGAUUCCAAGGCAGAUACCUGAACAGGCCUGGUACAUGAACCCAGUCUUCUCCAUCCUGAUUGGGGGUAUACUUCCAUUUGGAGCUGUCUUUAUUGAGCUGUUUUUCAUCCUCACCUCGGUCUGGUUGCACCAAUUCUACUACAUUUUUGGUUUCCUCUUCAUCGUCUUCCUCAUCUUGAUUGUCACUUGUGCCGAGAUCACGAUUGUGCUCUGCUAUUUCCAGCUUUGCAGCGAGGAUUACCAUUGGUGGUGGAGGUCAUACCUGACUUCGGGAUCUUCAGCGCUGUACCUGUUCCUUUACGCCGCCUUCUACUUCUCCACAAAGCUCGAGAUAACAAAGCCCGUGUCUGGGCUUUUGUACUUUGGCUACAUGCUGAUUGUCUCCUACGCAUUCUUCGUGCUUACUGGUACAAUCGGUUUCUACGCAUGUUUCUGGUUCACAAGGCUCAUCUACUCGUCGGUGAAGAUUGAUUAAGUGAUGCUGCGGCAGCCGCCUAAAGUCGAAUCUUGAGCAAGCAUAGGUUACCCCUUGAAUUUGGGUUCUAAAUGUUAAAGCGUAGAAACUUUACUUUUUCUUUUUCUUUUUUCUCAACUCUUUGUUUUGCGUUGGGUCUUCCAUAUUCUUCUUCCCCUCUUCAGAGUCAUGUCUAGCUGAGACAUUUUGUGAGGAUGCUGAAGCAAAUACCCCAUCCUCAAAGACUGACCGCCUGUGCCUGUUUAGAAAAUAUGAUGAAAGGAAUUAAUGUAUUAUCGACUGCCAGUAAUUUUGUAUUAUAACUCUAUUUCUUGUU